ACAUGCGCACACCAGCGGAGAGUCUCGGCUGUGACCACUGACCAGCUAGCUUCCCCUCUGUGUCGAUCUGUUUUCCUUCUGUGAUUCUUUUAAACAUUUACUGUUUAAUAGUUGAACAUUUCGACUGAGCGAGGCUAAGCUGAUCGAGGCGUGAAAGAAUAUGCCAAAAAACAAAGGUAAAGGAGGUAAAAACAGGCGACGUGGAAAGAACGAGAAUGAGUCUGAGAAGAGGGAGCUGGUGUUCAAAGAGGAUGGACAGGAGUAUGCUCAGGUGAUUAAAAUGUUGGGGAAUGGACGUCUGGAGGCCAUGUGCUUUGAUGGAACCAAGCGGCUUUGCCACAUCAGAGGAAAACUCCGGAAAAAGGUUUGGAUUAACACGUCAGACAUCAUCCUGGUCGGGCUGAGAGAUUACCAGGAUAACAAAGCUGAUGUCAUCCUCAAGUACAACGCAGAUGAGGCUCGGAGUUUGAAAGCUUACGGAGAGCUGCCAGAGCACGCUAAAAUCAACGAGACGGACACCUUUGGGCCUGGGGACGAUGAUGAGAUCCAGUUUGAUGACAUUGGUGACGAUGACGAGGACAUUGAUGAUAUCUAAAAACCUGCUUCUGGAGGGGGAAGGUGGGAUUUUACUAGAGAUGCUCCAAUUGGGAUAUUUUGAGCCGAUUCAGUGCACCGAUAAUUUUUAUUAAAUUCAUGCCAGUUCAACACAGUUUAUUAAAUACAAUGUUUAUCAGUUUGUUUACCAUCCGUAGACGUCUUUGUUGUUUGGAGAACUUAAGUGCAUUUCACACGGGGUAAGCACCAUCAGUACUUUCAUUUCUUAUCAUGACUGAAUGUGAGAUGUUGCUUUAGAAACACUCGGUUGGUUGUAGCGGCUGCAGCAGGCUGCCUGGUGACCAGCGGUGAUGCAUGCAGUUUGCUUUUCCUGCCUUCAUGCAGUUGGAUUGGAGAGUCCGAGUAGGCUGAUCUCAAGCAUCAUAGAUGAGGAGACUAUCUGGAAUAUUGUUAAACUUUUACCUUUUUGCUUCUAGCAUCAACAAACGGCCAUUUUUCCAUCUCAUUCACUGACGUUUCUUUUAUUAUCCAAGAAACACUGUUUUGUAGAGGCGACACCACGACUGCAAAAUAAUCACAUAGCAUUUGCAUCGUCUUUUAAAAUUGUAUUUAUAUUAAUUUCACACUAUGUGGAAUUUAUAAACAGUACAGAAUCUCUGGAUUCGCUAAUAAAAAGAUAAACCAUUUAAUUUAUCUUCUUGGACAGUCUUUAUUGUAGCCUGUCAGACAGUUUGAAAGCUGCACUUUUUUGACAGAAGGAAGGUAAUACCUGUUUGGGUUUGUAUUUUUUAAAGUCAUUAUUUUGUUAAAGUCCUCUUCCACUGACGGCGCAUCACAAGAACUGUUGCUUUGUUUGGGUGACCCAUGGUCAAAUGAAGGCAACCACUCUCCUGGAAUCCAAAAAAGCAUCAAAUGUACUGCUGUUGUUUCCUUAUUUCUGUUUGUGUUUGUUUCCUUUUUCUGUUUUGAACUCUUUGCAACUCACUGUCGCUUAAACGCAGUAAAACUCGACUGGUUGGUCACCCUGUCUCACCUUAGACCAGCGGUUCCCAAACUUCUUCACCACAAAAAAGUCCACCAAUAAAACCAGUAAAACCUCACAGGACUAUCCAUCUAACACCCCUCUAGAAAACCAGUGAUUUAUAUAUAUAUGAACAUAUAUGUAUGUAUACAAACACACAGCAGAUUAUAUAUAUUUCCUUAUUCCGCUCCUCUGGACACCUGCCCAUGUUCCCUGAGGGGGCCCAGCACCUCAGUUUGAGAACCACUGCUCUACACUACACGAGCCUGUUGCUGUUCUUCUGUAACUCUAAAUUAAUAAAAUGUCCAAUGAUGUUUGAAGGCUGGGUUUCCAAUAAAGAACUUAACUCCA